UUUUAUUAAUUAUUAAUUAUACAUGCCUUAAUUAUCCAAGCAAAUUCAAUACGGACUUGUUGCAGCUUUCGCAGUUGGUUUGGGUACACUCAAAGUUGCUUAACGACCAUUUGAAACAUGCAUUGGAUAUGUUCUUUCUUUAGGAUCUAUUGUUAUCUUAUUAGGUUGGGACAAGUUACCAUUUAAUUAAACUAAUUCAACUGAUGGUGAGGAAUUAACAAAGGAUGAAUUAUACGAAAGAAGAAGAUUAUUAAAGGAAGAAAAGAAACGAUAAAAAUAACUUGAAGCUCAAGAAUUGAAGAGAUAACAAAGAUCCCAAUCUUCUGAAUCUCCAGAUAAAAAGUCACCUGAAAGAGCUUCCUCUCCAUCAGAAAGUGAAGGAGAAAAAAAAAAAGUUUAGGAAACUAAAAACAAUUCAAAAUAAUAAUAACAAUAAACUAAUGGUAAUUAAUAAUAAAACAAAAAAUAAAAUCAAUAAUAAACUUAAUAAUAACAAAAAUAAUAAUAAUAACAAUAGUAAUAAUAAUAACAACAAUAAUAGUAAUAACAAUAGAAUAAAAAAUAGUAAACCAAAGAAAAAGGAAAAUAAACAUAAGAAAAAUAAAAACCAUAACCCUAACAUGUUGAAGAUGAUGAUGAAGGAUGGGAAGAAGUCUAAGAUCCAAGAAAAAAUAAAAAAGCCAGUCUUUUGAAACAAUAAUAAUAGGCUGAAGCUUAAAAGUAAGCUGAAGCUAAGGCCGCUGCUGCUGCAAAAGCUGCUGAAGAUGCAAGAAUUGCUGCAGAACUUGCUAUCAAGGCUGCAGAAGAACUUGCUCAAGCUGCCAAAUAAUAAUAAAAAGGAUCUAAAGGUAAAAAUACUAAUGCUAAAUAACAAAAACAUGAAGAUAAUGAAGAUGGAGAUGAUGAUGGUUGGGUUAAAGUUGAUUCACCAAACAAGAAAUAAAAAGGAGGAAAGAAAAACAAAUGAGGUGUUUUUUUAUGCAUAAAUAUAAGAAUCAAUGUUAUCUAUAGUAUAAAUUUCUGUAUUACUAA